AUGAGCUGGAGUUAUUCACUCCCGAAGCCCACUCAAUCUUCAGGUAACGAGGACUUUUCUAGAGUCCGUCAAGGAUCAAGAUCACCGGAUUUGACCCCACAGCUUCGAAAUGGCUCUCCUAAAGCCCCUACCACCUACGGCCCCUUCGCCACCCAGAAUGUGACUGCGUCUGGUUUGGAGGAGGAAUCGUUUCCUGAUUCUGUUUUCCAUUCCACCUCCGCUUCUGACCUGUUUUCUUUUCCUGCAGAUAAGCAAACGGUCAAUUGGCCUGUAUCAGCCUCUCUAGAUCAGGAUCUAGGCUUCUCUAAUCCUGCUUACUUCCAAACGACGUUCCCAACUUCUCACGACGUCUUCUUGGAAGGGCCAACAAGCGUCACCGAUUCUCUGGGGCUUCCCUCAGUCAUUUCCCAAGAGCGAAAGAGACAAGAUGAAGCGCAGGAUAUGAAUUUUUGUGUCAGUCUUCCUCGACGAAGGAGUCGUUACAACAUUCAGAAAUACGGCGAGAAGACUGAAGCGAGACCAAUUCCAAUUCGCACGCAGGGGCCUAAUCCUUUGCAACGUUGGCAUGAAUCUCCCCCCGAAGAUGAACCAGCAUCCAUGUCUGCUAUUAUGCAAGCCGUUCAAAUCUACGACCUGUUCUUCCUUUCAAAACCAUCGAAGACCGAUUUCCACGGCUAG